UUCGCUUUCGCUUGCGCUGCUGCGCUGACAACGGCCGUGGCCGCCUCUCCGCUGCUGGGCGCCUCCUCACUUCGCUCGCGCUCUUCUGGCCCGUCGUUGUUCAUAUUCUUCAUCGAUCUCCGAGAAGCAUCGAGGUUUUGGAAGGCGUGGGGAUUGCUGGGGUUUACAAUGCUCGUAGACCUUCGUUCGUCGGAGGUUCAGAGACCCUGUCAAGAAUGGGGAUUCUCGCGUUGACGGGUUUAUGAAUAUUCGCUCGUUUUGCUGCGGGUGCUGCUGUCUCGGUUGGCUGCAUUGUAGCAUUGCAAGAAACAGAAGAGGAAGCCAUGAUUCUGCAUGAGGGAGGAGGUUCUAGGAGUCCUGGUGUAGUGCCAGGCGCCUUGCUGUGGGCCAAGGAGGCCGAACUCGAAGGUGGAUUUGAAGAAUUCUGUCUUGAUGAAUGUUGAUGCGGAAGUUGAAACAGAUUUAGGGGGAUUUCCGGGGGAGUACCGUGCUGUACCCCGUCUGCAUGUGUUUGAGGGGUGAGCGGAAAUUUUACAUAUGGGCCAAUUGGUGGGAUUGUUCUCAUUCGUAUUGCCUUUAUUGUGGCCCCCGCAUUUGGUGCGAUCGAAAACAGAGUCCAAUUCAUGCAAGCUGGUAGGCCUCAGAGGUUCUGUAUAAUCGGGUCCUCAUUAGUCACUGAGCAGGGCCUUUAGUUUUGCCGUUUUCAUUCUGGAAGCGUGUCUGGGUCCACUUGAGCCUCAUUUGGAAUUCGACAUAUUUCCUCGCACCGAGCUGCAGUCAGUAAAUUGCCGGGAAGUUGACCACUGCAGACAAACAUUUCUUCGACUCAGUCGACAUUGAUGAAAGGUUUCCUAUAUGGAGAUUUUCUGAUUUUUCAGAGCCCCUAAUCCUAAUCUGUCCGAAUUUAUUAUUGCGGUAUAAGAGUCCUUCAGACAUCAACGGCUCAGAGUACCCACCAGUGCCUCUGAAGAUUCAGUUAGCUCAGAUUGUGGAAAUUUUUCUUGGCUAAGUAUCAGGUCACAGAAACAGCAGAGCCUAAACCGAAUUACCAAGUGAUCACGCUCAAUCCAUCGCGAAUCUGCCAAGAUGUCUUUCGAGGAGGGUUUGUUCAAUAUGUACGAUUCUAGACUGAAGCAUCGGCUUCUGCACUCUAUUAUGAUGUCUCAUCUCCCUGACGAAAAACAGUUGCCUAGAUCCCCAGCUCAGCUGUCUGUGGCCGUUGCAUCGAUUCGUCGCCACCAUCUGUUGGCAGAGACACCAUCAUCAGGGACUCCUGGUAUGAGUAAGAGUGGUGAAUCGAGGAAAAGCGUUGUUGAUGGCUGGGUUGAUCAUUUGUUGGGUCUUCUCUGCAGCACAGUGGCGGAGAACAGAUGGGCAGGCUUAUGUCUUCUUGGAGUUACGUGCCAAGAAUGUUCUCGUCAGCGCUUCCUGGAGUCUUACAACUCUUGGUUUCAGAAGCUUUUGCUUCCUCUCAAGCAGUCCACGGAUCCAGUAUUUAUACGAGCAGCUGCUUGUGCGUCAUUAACGGAUCUUCUUACGAGAUUAGGGAGCCUAGUGGAGUACGCAGGAGUGAGACGUGAUGGCGCUGCUUUGAUAGCAAAAUUGGUGCAGCCUAUUUUACAGAUACUGGGUGACAAGGACUCGAGUGGCAUAUGGAACGAAGCCAUCGAUCUCUUGUCUUCAAUUCUACGAUGUUUUCCUGCGUGUCUUCGGCAGCAAACUAACAAUUUGGAGUCUCUUCUCGUGGCACGGCUGAUGGAUUCCGAUAGUUCCUCUCUCUCCCAGAAAUGUGCCCUUUGUUUAGCCCUCCUUCCCAAGGCUCAUGGCGAUGUGACCAUGUGGAGUUCCAUGAUUCGGCGCAUCUUGAUUGCUAUCAACACGGAAUUGGAAUAUGCUUUCUCUGGCAUGGAAGAUGUGGCGAGUGCUGAAGAUGCACUGGCAACACUUUUACCUUUGGGUCAGGAUCCUCCCUGGCCGUUGGGAGGUCCAUCGGUAGCAGCGAAUGCCUCAGCUCAAGCAGCGAAAAGCUUCUGGCAACAACUUGUCCCACGCGUUUCGUCUCUUCUUCAGUGCUGUCAAAGUCUUUUAACAAAUCCUUAUCCAGUUCCGGUUCCUGUUCCAAUAAAACCUUUGUUGGCUUUGGCGACGAGAGUACUGCGAGUCGAUGGAUCAAGGAUAUCAAUGCCAAACUCGAUGAACGUUGCGGUGUCGAGUGUGCAUCAAGUUUCCUUAUGUUCUGAACUUCCAGCCCUUCACAUAAGUGCACUAGAUCUUCUCUCUGCCUUACUGUGUGGCGUUCGCAGUCAGUUGCUGCCACACGGUGGUGAUGUCGUGCGGCUUGUAUCUGAGUCUUUUCGGCGUUGCGGAUCUGUGGCUCCCGUGUUACGAGUCAAGCUGUAUGAUUUCGCCAGACAUCUUUUUGUUGCAAUGGGAGCAGGGAUGGCCUCUGCCUUAGCACCAGCUGUCGUCGGAAGUGCCUUAUCAGACUUGAAAGGAUCUACCCUUGCGACGUCCAUCUUUUCACCAAAGGCUUCACGAACACCUCGCAUGAACAGUUCAGGGUGGGCCCCUGGUAACACAUGGGGUGGACAGAAUACUAACCAUCGCAAACGGAAGGAGCCGGGAGGAUGCAUCUCUAAUGAUCAUCAAAAUAACGGUACUCCUGAAGGGGCUGCAAACAUGAGUGAAGGUGCAGCUACAGCAGCCGUUCAGAUUGCUGCUUUACGAGCUUUGGAGGCUCUUCUCACCUCUGGGGGAGCUCUAUUGCCGGAUAGAUGGAGAGCAGAAGUGGAUGCAGUUCUGGCAAGUGUUGCUAUGGGGGCAGCUACAGGCACUGCAAGCCUUAUUUUUGACGAGGAUAGCACGUACAUGGAUGGAGGGGCACCUGUAUCUUCCGGAGCUUUCCAAGUUGCAGCUUAUCGAGCCCUAUUGUCUUCGUUGCUUUCCCCGUGCUGUCAUCGACCACCUUAUCUUGCUCAAGGACUUGCCAUAUUUAGAAAAGGUCGUCAAGAGGCUGGAUCAGAAGUGGCUGAAGUAUGCGCACACGCCCUUCUAGCUUUGGAACCUCUUAUUCAUCCUCGAUGUCUACCCCCUGCCGGUGCUAUGUCAGCUGGCUUGGCUACGGGUAGGGCUUUAUCCACAGGAGGUUUAGUUCCACAUAUGCAGAGACCUGGGAAGCCUCUUACAGCUUCUGGAAAUGUUUCAGUUGUCCCAGCAGCCUCCGCUACGAUCAGUUUUGCAGGCCCCGUCGUUCCUCCUGCCCUGAAAAUUGGCCAGUUGGCCAUGGAUCCCUGGGCUGAGGUCGAUACAUGGUUGGGCUAUGGAGAAGAUUUUGGUGAGGAGGAUGGCCUUUUCUAUGAAGAUGAGAAUAUGCUUGUAGACGAGUUCAACGGGGGUCUCGAUAGUGGAGUUGGCCCCACUGGUUAUUAUGUUUCUGAUCAACAAACAAUCAACAAUGGUCAAGGAGGCCCUGUUGUGGUCAAGAUUGGCGAACGAGAUGGAGACAACGUAGUGAGGCCUCUUGAAGACACAAAGGUGCAGGGCUUCGCAGGUGAUGACUCUCAUGUAAGAAGUGAGUCAGGACUUAGAUGUGGCCUUAGAUGCGAGCUUUCUCCUCGGUCAGCAUUAGCUCAAGAUGUCAUGUUAGAACCUGGGGACGCUUACAGAGAUCAUACUGCAGAUUCAGCAAGUACACGAACUGAAACUACCAUAGCCGAUGGAGAUGAUUGCCCAUCACCUAAUAAACAAGACAUUCUCUUCAGUUCUCAACUUCAAAGUUUAGGCUAUGCUAAAGAGGACCCUUUAGCGGUUAAGACGGAUGACGGAGCCAAUACUGCAGCAGUAGGGAUUAUGCAAGGUUCCAUUAAGGAUGGAGCGGAUGUUGAUGUUGAAAGUGGAUCAGAUAUGCUCAAUAGAGCAUUUCCUUCCAUGUCAGGACCUAAAACCCCAGCAAUGGCUCCGUUUUCGUUCUCCAAUGUGGCCGUCGAGAUAGGAUCUGAGUCAGACUCCGAUGGAGUACUUCCUGACAUAAUCGACGGUGAUCCAGAUUCCGAUUGAUUGAACUCUAAUUUAUUUAGAACCGAAAACACAUGUCAUGUACACCUCUCAUAAAGGCUUGAGACUGAUAGUAGAGCUGUUGCUCGUCUGGUUUCAAGCUGGAGUUCUAUUGACGAUGUUAGAACCUUUUUUCGAGAGUUGAAGCGACAUCGUGUUGGGCGAAUCAUUUUUCACCCAUUAUCACAAUUAUUCUUCACUUAUGAUUAUAAUUGCUCACUCAACCUGGGAACCUCCAGUAGGUUAAUUGUGCAGAGCUAUUAGCAGCUCUUAAGGAUCAGUAAGACUGAAAACUUAGAGAACCUGUCAAGGGAAGGCAUAUUUUGUGAGAGUAGUCCAUGUCUUCCCCGAAGAGAUUUGGUAGAGCAAAACUUCUGUGUAUCGUUUCAGUGUUAACAACAUGGUCUCAUUUAGGAGGCACGAGGCUCAC